AUGACGCAAGACCUGCAAGAAGAUAACCUUGAAUACGAAAUCCUCGAUGACCAGAUGGUCCAGGAGAUCAACAAAUUUUGCGGGGGGAUGUCUUCGGCCUCGCUGGCCUUCAAGAACGGAUGCCGCCUCCCGAAGACAUAUCUCAAAUACGCCGAGAGGAUCAGAAACUUCGAAGUCAGGCCGGAUGACGUCUGGGUCAUUACUUUUCCUAAAUGCGGUACUACAUGGACUCAAGAGCUGGUUUGGCUACUGGGCAACAAUUUCAAUUUUUCUAAAGCUAAAGAGCUGGAGCUCCACAACCGUUCCAUUUUCUUGGAUUUCACCACGUUGACUGGAGAUGAAGAAGAGAACACGCUCGACGCUGCGGAGAAUAUGCCAUCUCCCAGAUUUUUAAAGUCCCACUUGACACCUGGACUUCUUCCCAAACAGCUCUUUCAAGUAAAACCUAAGAUCAUUUACGUUUAUAGGAACCCUAAAGAUUGUGCAAUAUCCUACUUCCAUCAUUAUAGGAUUUGGAAUGGGUAUCAUGGAGACCAAGAUCUGUUUAUUGAAGCAUUCCUUCAAGAGAAACUAUUAUAUUCUCCAUUUUGGGAACAUGUGCUUAACUUUUGGAAAAUGAGAAACGAGCCAAACAUUCUUUUCAACACAUUUGAAGAAAUGAAGAAGGAUUUAUAUACAGUCGCGAAAAGGAUAGCAGAUUUCAUGGAAGUGGAGAUUCCCGAAAAUAUGAAAGAACCAUUACUAAAGCACCUUAGCUUCGCUGAGAUGAGCAAGAACCCGAUGGUUAACUUCGAGAGGGAACUAGAGAAGAUGAACCUCGCAGGAAUGAAGUUUAUCAGGGAAGGAGAGGCCGGCGCCUGGGCCAAAGUACUCAAGGAGGACAUAGCAAAGAGGUUCGACAAGAAAGCAAUGGAGGCCCUCAAAGGCACCGAUUUCCCUUAUUACAAGUGA